UUUUAGUAAAAAGCAGUUUUAGGGGUUUAUAUAUAUAUAUACAACACUCGAUCGAUUCAUUUCAAAAUUUUUAAUACUAUCCAUUGAUCUCUCUUUUUUUCUCAUAUAUUUAAUCUUAUUUUUGGAAAUUUCCUCUCUGGUAUUCUCGAUCUCCGUGGCCGUGUUCUUGAAUAGAGAGAUUCAAGUGGUCGUCUUAGGUUCCCUUUCGGGGAUUAAAGGGAGAAGAUGGCUGAGACGAAACCGGAAAAUCAACAACCAUUGCUCCGAUCAUCGACACGAAACCUACCCGAUUUCAAGAAAUCGGUUAAGCUAAAAUAUGUGAAGCUCGGUUACCAUUAUGUAGUUACUCAUGGAAUGUACCUAUUCCUUUCUCCACUUGUCGUCGUCAUCGCCGUGCAACUUUCGACGUUUUCCAUCCAAGACCUUCAUGAUCUUUGGGAACAUCUACAGUACAAUCUCAUUUCAGUUAUCAUUUGUUCGAUGCUUCUCGUUUUCUUAUCGACCCUUUACUUUCUAACGCGCCCUCGCCCUGUUUACCUUGUUAAUUUCUCUUGCUAUAAACCGGAUAAGGCUCGGAUAUGCACGAAAAAGAUGUUUGUAGAUCAGUCUCAAAUGGCUGGUACAUUCACGGAGGAGAAUCUUUUGUUUCAAUGUAAGAUCCUCGAAAGGUCGGGGUUAGGGGAAUCAACGUAUCUUCCGGAGGCUGUCCUUAAUAUACCGCCUAAUCCUUCGAUGAAAGAAGCUAGAAAAGAAGCAGAAGCUGUUAUGUAUGGUGCUAUCGAUGAGCUUUUGGCUAAAACUUUGGUAAACCCAAAAGAUAUCGGGAUUUUGGUUGUGAAUUGCAGCUUGUUUAAUCCGACACCAUCGUUGUCCGCCAUGGUUAUUAACCAUUACAAGCUUCGAGGUAAUAUCCAAAGCUAUAAUUUAGGAGGAAUGGGGUGUAGUGCUGGUUUGAUUUCGAUAGAUCUUGCUAAAAAUCUUCUUCAAGUUCAUCCAAACACGUAUGCAUUGGUUAUCAGUAUGGAGAACAUUACCUUGAACUGGUACUUUGGGAAUGAUCGUUCGAAGCUUGUUUCGAAUUGCUUAUUUAGGAUGGGUGGGGCUGCGAUAUUACUCUCAAACAAAAGCUCCGAUAGAAGAAGAUCAAAAUACCGAUUGGUUCAUACUGUUAGAACCCACAAGGGUGCAGAUGAUAAGUGCUUCGGGUGUGUUACACAGGAAGAAGAUUCGACGGGACAGAUCGGUGUUACGUUGUCGAAGGAUCUCAUGGGGGUUGCUGGUGAUGCCUUAAAGACUAACAUCACCACAUUGGGGCCUCUAGUUCUUCCAAUGUCCGAGCAGUUACUUUUCUUCGCUACAUUGGUUGGAAAGAAACUUUUCAAAAUGAAGAUCAAGCCAUACAUUCCAGAUUUCAAGCUAGCUUUCGAGCAUUUCUGCAUUCACGCCGGUGGAAGAGCCGUUUUAGAUGAACUGGAGAAGAAUUUGCAGCUGUCUGAAUGGCACAUGGAACCAUCGAGAAUGACUCUUUACCGGUUUGGGAACACCUCUAGUAGUUCUCUUUGGUACGAAUUGGCUUACUCAGAAGCCAAAGGUCGGAUUAAGAAAGGGGACCGAACAUGGCAAAUUGCAUUUGGUUCCGGGUUUAAGUGUAACAGUGCAGUGUGGAAAGCUUUGGGGACGAUAAAUCCAGCAAAGGAGAAAAACCCAUGGAUGGAUGAGAUCCAUAACUUCCCGGUUAAUGUUCCAAGGGUCUCGACCAUCUAAAUCCCCAAAUGACUCGCAAUGAUCACAGUGAAACUCUCAUGUAAUUCUAGAUAACUUUGGAGAUUCAUACUUACAUUUGCAUGCCAGGAUGAGUGGUCAUUUCCACAUCAGGUGCGGUCGAAAUACGCUUCGAAUACAGAUAUUGUAUAUUUUUUAUUCUAUUGCUUAGAGAUUAUGCUAUUCACAUACAAUGCAGAGAUAUACCAUUUACGCACCAGAUUCAAAA